AUGGCUUUGAAAUUCAACUCUUUUCCCUUUACAAUGUUCUUAAUCCUAGUGAUUUCUUCUACUGUCUUGCAUAUUUCUUCAGCAAAGUUUGAAGAUCCUAUAAAUCCAGAUGAUUCUAAAGUGAUUGACAUUGCAAAAUUUGCUGUGAAUGAAUUUAACAAAAAGUCCAAACACAAUUAUGAGCUUAAAGAAGUUGAUGGAGGAAGAAGUAGUGUUAUUCCUGAUGUAAAGGAUGCAAAAGAUCCUAAAGUGGUUGAAAUUGCAAAAUCUGCUUUGAAUGAGUUCAACAAAAAGGCCAAACACAAUUAUGAGCUUGAAGAAGUUGAUGGAGGAAGAACUACUUCUGUUACUGAUGGUAUCAAUUAUCAGCUGGAUAUCGUAGUCAAUGAAUGA